GGCUUCACUGGGACGACUUAGCACCUCUUUGUUUGUUCUCAUAGGUGGUGUACAUCUUCAAACAAGACUCUACCUGCUCUUAGUUCGUUCUCGUAGUACCAACAUGUACAAAAAGCAAGACUCUUGAGAAGAUAAACACUUGUUUUCUAACACUCUAAGAAAUAAUUCAAGUAAGUGUUAUAUAUUGUAAGAAAGUCAAAGUGCAACAAGAACCAAAGAACUACAACAAGAUGGGUCAAAUGCAAAGUGCUCCUGUGGAGCUGAUACGGGUUCAGAAGCAAAAAGGAGCUAUCGCAAGUGUGGCCGUGGCUGAGAUGCAGGGGUGGAGAGGUACAACCCCUUUCGAAGGCGAAAGCGAGCUUCUUAAUAUUGUUGUUUCAUCUCGUUUUCUUACAGGGCCUCGCUGAUCAUGUUCUCGAUGUUCUAGUACAACAACUUAUUUGCCUACUAGAACGGGCAGGAGCAAAUAAAGUAAUUAUAAGUAGAAGGUGUAAGCCUAAGCAGUAGGCCGAGAAUGUCGAGGUAUUGUUAUUGAUAUUUACAGUAGAAGAUAGAAAUUUCAACUUCUAUGGAUUCAACUUCUUCCACUACCGUCUCAUCAGAUGCCCACGAAGAUGCGCACUUUAUGAGCGAGAUGGAUGGUGGCAACGGUUGGGCAUGUUUUGGCGUAUUAGAUGGACAUGGGGGCUGGCAGACAGCGAGGAAAGCGGCACAAAUCCUACCCCAGCAUAUGAAAAAAGCCAUGAAAGGGAAAAAGGCAACGGAAGGAUUGAGGUUAUGAUGUCUCAUGGAAGUAGUAGAAGUAGGUUGUACUUUAACCAAGUAGUAUUAGGUAUCAAUCACCGUAGUAGGGAUCAGUCACCGUGAAAGUAGGGAUCAAUCGCCAUCGCCUUGCUGAAGCUCAAAUCGCCAGCAUCUUGCUGAGACGUCAGUAGGUAUCACCAUCAUCUUGCUGGUGUUGAAUCAGAAUCAAGGAAAAAGCAAGCUUCGGGUGCACCUUGCUGAAUAAAUUCAAAUCAUUCAUUAACAUUAUCGUGAACCAAGAAGGGCGAGCUACUGGCGCCUCUAAUAAAAGCAAGAAAGAAAUUGGAGGACGCUUUCGAAGAGGUUGAUGAGCUGGUCAAGGAGGUAUAGAAAUUUUACUUCCUCUGACCCACUAAACUAACGUUAACUUGCUUAUGUGAGUUUUGAUUGCGCAAACUACACUGUUUGAUUGUCGUGCUUGUUAUUCAUACUAUUCACUGAAGAUGAUCCAUCUCCAGGCUAGGGCGGAGGACAUACAAGACAUAUCGAUAUCUUCCUUUCGUUACAGACGAGGACAUACACUUACACAACAGGCAUUGCCAGGAGAGCGUGAUACAGGGAGUGGUAGCACCUGUAUCUCAGGAUUGAUCAAGAUGGAUCAGUCCACUCAGAAAUAUUCCUGCUAUCUCGCAAAUUUAUGAGAACCAAUGUAGGUACAACUAGAACUAGUCCUCUGAAACAGUCCUCUGAACAAUGUAGAUUUCAACAUCAAGCGCUGUUCUCUCCGCUUCAAAGCUUAACCAGGUACUAAUUGCUCUUCGUCCUUGCGAUGAUCUUGAUUGUCCUCUAAGAAAAGCGGGAGAUUCACGCGGCAUCAUCGUUCGAAUCGGCGAGGACAAACGUGAUACAACAAAAGCCGCAGCAGCUAAUGUUACGGCUAACAUGUUGAUACUUUUCUUGGGGAUCCAUCUUCAGCGUCAACCUAACAUCUGCUACACGCACACCUACCCUUGCCUUGAGGAUUGACCAGAACAACAAAAUCCUUCAUAAGUAACAAGAAGCUGAAGUAGAACUACCUGCUAAUUAAAGUCUUCUAUAUCCCACGACCACUGGGCACGCUACUACUUCUACUGCACUACUGCUACUGCUACUCCUACUACUAAUAUUACUACUACUCUACUCCUAUUGCCAUACUAAUACUACUACUGCUACUACUACUAGCACGAUAGAGCUACACGAAGAUAGUUGCUCGUUGUAAUAUUCAUGCUGUUCGUAUUAACUUUACAGUUCUUACUGUAGUUACACGCGCCGACCCCUCUUCGUUUAUUUCUUGAAUUCAAAUUCCUUUAUAAUUUACAACAACUUUAACUUUUUCUUUGUUUCUAAUAUCUGAGCAGUUGUGGCAGCAACCUCCGAUGAAAUGAAUGGAGAUAAGGAAGACAAUUCCCCCAGCGCAGACGGAGAAGAACAGGCAAAAACACGAAGACAACAACUUCUGGAAGAAAUGUUAAGAUGGAAGGUCAUGGCGAUGGCUAUCAGGAUAUAAUGAAGAAUACGUAAUGCUAAUGCCAAUCCUAGACUUGGGCGCCCCGUAGAACUCUUCCCACUAGGAUCCCCCACCCCCGGCACGCACUUCCCCAAUUCCGGCCGCGAGCUUCCGCUUCCCUGGCUCCUUCCGUCCCCGCCCGAAAACCGUCCGGCGGCGUUGGUUGGUGGAGCAAGAGUUGGGCGGGGGACGGCGUGCGGCCAUUGAUUAAAAAUGCACUGACCGAAAUCGUUGGCCUGCAGGUUUACCCUUUUUUAUUUGAUAGGCCUGGCCUUCUUUUCUUUGAGUGCAAGUUGCAGCGCUCGAGCAUGCGGCUUUCUUAAAUGAAUCAGCUUCCUUUUGAUGAAGUCAAAAGCUUUGGAUUGGGUUUUUGUAAAUUUCAUUUUUCUUAGAUAAAAUCAAAAAUUUUGGCUUUGACAUCUCAAAUUUGAAACUGUGAGACAUCGAGGCAGCGCUUUCAGUCUGAAGCGUUCAACUUCGAGCAUUUAGCCUUCGGCCUUGGGGCCUGGGCUUUCCGCUUUCAGUCUUGUGGCUCGGCGUAAGUUUUUGGCUGAUAAAGUCAAAAGUUUAUGCCAUUUGUGCAAAGUUUUGAAUUUUAACGCCCGCGACCUAAGUUAAAUCGCGCCGGUCUAUGUUUUGGGAAGUGCUGGGUGCUCGGGUGUUCGUGCGUUCACGUGUUGCGCCUGUUGGUUGAUUAGAAAAGAGAGCAGAAAAAUUUGCUACGGGGGUCGCGUGUUUUUGCUUCGGGUAUGUUGGGUUCGGGGGUUGGCGGGGUCGUUGUUGCUUUUUUUAUUUAGCUCGUUAAUAUUGCUAAUUAGUUAUAAGAGUGAUGGAUCUCCAUCUCCGCGUCAGAAUGAAGAUGGCGAACGCUGUCGCUCUCCACGUGGUGAUCGGACUGAGGAUGCUAACACUGUCGUGUCUGUCAUCUCUCCACCUGCUUGUAAUUCAGAUGAUCCAUAAGAUUCAGCUCAUUUUGUUUUCAAGAGGAUAUCGUGACGAACCCCUUCUAAAACACGAAAAAAACAACGAAGCAGAAGACUCUUGCGUUUCCCUUAGUCUAUCCUCCCAAAGCUUCCAGUCGCAGAUCAAGUGCAGUCAAGGUAUUGAUGUAGUUUUGUAUUAAACCUAGUUGUUCCAGUCACAGAUGAGCAAAUGCAGUCAACAAGGUGAAUGGUUUCUCCUAAGCAGGAGAAGGACUAGUACUAGUACUACAUACACAACAACAUACACUUGCACUUCUUGCAAUGACUAGGACUACUUACAUUUAUUGAAACAUCUCACCAUGAACAUGAUAGCUAAAAACGAGGAUGGCGAUGGAGAGUCACUCACAAAAAAACAUAGCUACCGUCGAUGAUUUCUUUGAUGAAAAAUCUCCGAUCUUGUCAAUGAAUAUUUAUAACUACUCCCAAAAAUACGCAUCUUCAGAUCACAAACCAUCGAAACCGUCGGAGCUGGAACGAAUCCGAAAGGCUGGUGGGUAUGUCUCGGGGAUAGCCGAAACCCCAGGAAUGAUGAUGGCUGAAUGCCCACGAUUAGACUUAUGAAGAUGAUGAAGGCCCCCUAUCAUGUUGUAUUAAUAUCUUCAUGCUUCUUCAAUUUAGAAUAUGAUCAUCUCGUACGUACAACUCAUUGUACUGUUGCAACUUGGCAGUAUCGCGAGGUUUGCUGGAGUUGUUGAUCACUAACGCUACAACGCUUCCUCCAACUGGAGUUGAUCACAGUAACCACGUUUCCUCCGACAAACCUUUACUUUUGCUCUAGCUAAGACUGAUCAUUGGCAAACCUGGUUACUGAUUCUUUAUUCCUUCUAAUCUGCGGCAACUUGGCAGUAUCGCGAGGUUUCGGUGAUUUUCAAUACAAACAGGGUUUGAAGAUUCCAGCAUGUGAACAGAAAGUUUCCUGUCACCCUGAACUUUUUGCGUUGAACGAUCUGCAUAAGGGAGAUUUGGUACCUCCGAAGAUAAACGUGGCUCCCACGAAAUGAAUCACUCGUCACUUCUGCUAUGUCUAUCUUCACAUUAAUUUCAAAGAAGAGUGGAGUACUCGAAAACUGAGUUACUGACGGGAAUAUGUCAUGUCAUGGUACCUCUUGUGUAGCUAUUAGCGUCUACUUACGAGGCCAACCAGUAAUGUAGGAAUAAAACGAGAGGUAGCUGCUUAACAUCAAGGCUACUCUUCCUUCUGAUCAGUCUCUCGCUUAUUUCAAGUAGUGACUCGCUUAUUUCAGUUUAUCGAAUAGCCGAAGGAGAACUACCUGCUACUUAAGAACUAAUCUUUUCUACCCCGCGAAUGGAUGGGUACACUACCACUACUGCUCCAACCCCACGCACUACAGAUGAUCCUAGCAUGUGAUGGCGUGUUUGACGUAAUGAGCAACCAUGAUCUGGUGGAGUUCAUAUUGAAGAAGUAUGAGGCCCUCUCGAGAGCAGACCCCAGUCAGCGUCGUGAGGAUCUACUGGGGAAAAUUUGCAGGAUGGUACUGAAAACUGCUAGUGCUACUAUCUAAUGUAGAUGAAGUAGAAGAUCGAAGUAGUAGUUGUAAUUUAUCUUGUUAUAGUUGCGUCAACAAGCUUGAGGUUGAGCUGCUCGAGUCCACGUGAUAAUUCUAGGUAGGAAUAUGACCACAUCACCAGCCAUACCUGAUCCACCAUCUGCUGUCUACUUCAUGUUCAUGUAAGUAAAACUUCAUUAAAAUUCUCACAAUCCUACAUCAACAACCAGGUUCUCCAAGACUGUCUUACCAGAGAUAGUAAGGACAAUAUGACGAUCCUCAUUGCGCAGAUGUUAAGGCUCAAAAUAUUUCAUUUCUAAGAGUCAUUUUGCUUAGUUUCCUUCUUAGGAAGCUGAGAAAAUGAACCCAAGAACUGAAUCACUUUGGGGAGCUCUAAAGAUGGGUGGACCUACGGAUGCCCACAAUACCACAGAGUCACUGGCUAGCAUCGUGGCAAGGAAAACAGUGGCGGUUGAGAACAAGACUGACCCUUCCGUAGACGAGGACAGUCUUACUACGGAGCCGGAUGCAAGCAGAAUAGCUAACUUAGGAAGAGUUAUAGAUAAUAUUUGCAUACUUAUAGGGUCUAAAUCUAUGUGAGUCGACGUAGUACAAGGAGUACAACAAAGAUGACUUGUUCUGCAAACAACAACAACUACUUAAUUAUAUCGUGGCGGCCCGUGAAAGUAUACAAUUUCAUUUUGAUUUUUAUCGUUUUUACUCGGUAGGACGACGUGUUACUAACCGUCAACAUCGUCCGCCUCCUCCAUCUUGUCUUUCUAAUCCUCGGAACUCCUGCAAGCGCUCCGUCUCCAGGUGAGAAGAGUCAACAAAAAAACGAGCAUUUACCAACCUUCGAACAGGAGGUCAUCUUUGAACCGAAGGAGGGGGAAAUGAAGCUGAGAAAGACCCUCCAGGAUGGACGCAUGCUGGAUAGCUAUCACACCUUUCUAUCCUUUUGCAUAGACGGUGGCGCAGUCAUACCGGAAUCAAUCGCGAAGCAGCUUCGGUUUGGAGGAUUCAAGCCUGACGAUGCUACCAGUCGCGGUCGCAAAGGACGAGGUAGCGAGGAAUUGGAUGUCGAUUGUUCAAGUUAAGCGACUGUUAUUUUCUCUGUGAGGAGUGUUCGUGAGAAGUGUGUACCGUAGAUGACCUACUGGUACUGGGGUUAGAUGUUCAGCGAUCUACUAACUUGCUCUAUGUACUUUCAUAUUUUCCUUGGACCCUGGACCUGGUUCUGAUUAAUUACUGGCAUAGGUAGUCUGACUCUGACAAGUACUAGUAGUACAACGACUUUUCAGCCUGCUUUUACUAGGACGAACGCAAUGAAUGACUGAAAUAGAUUGAUUUUCACUGUUCUCACUGUCUCUGUCAGUCACAGUCUCUGUAGUGCGAGAUCUUGUGCUUCCACCUCUUCCUCUAAGUACCCGACGAUGAUGACGAUUUUCUCAUUGGACGAGCUGGCAGUGGUCUCAAGUACAAUGGAAUGACGCAGAGUUUGCUGCAAGAGAUGUUGAUGGAGCAUAAGCAGUCAGCAUUGCAGAAGGCUGAGACGGCCAGCAACGCCACAACAACCGCUACAAUCACAGAUGACGUGGAUUCGGAAGAGGAAAUGAACAAGGUGGCAGGAGCUAAUGGAGGAACUUAUGCUCUACAGAAUAGUUAGCUACAUGUUCAGAUGGACAUCAAGUAGAAGUAGACGUUGCUGCUCUGCAGGAGGUGGGCAGUAGUACAGAAACAGUAGAUCAUGUCGUCUACGUCUUUCGUCCUACUUAUUCUUCGCUAUAUCUUCUAAAUCCCAGCGACUCCAACGCGAAGUCCUACAGCAGCGAGCACGAAGUCGCACGUGCAUAAGCCGGUCACCCCAGUGGACCACAGUAGUGCCGAGGGACAGAAGGCUCGACUUCAACAGAAACUAGAGCAGAGGAAAGCAAAACAGGCUCAAGAAAGUCUGAAGAAGAGUGUUGUGGAAGACGGCGCGGCUAAGCAUAGUGGUGCUAUUAAGGCUCCUCACAGUCUUUCAUCAUCAUCUUGAGAAACAUGAUCCAUCUUUGGCCACAUCCACUAAGACUAAAAAGGGGGAAAGACGUCAAUAAAGAUGCGUCUCAAGAUGAAGAAAAGUGAGCUCUAAUGCUAAGCCUGGCGUAGCUAGUGGAGCAUCUCCCACGCCAGGAACGACAGGAACGACAGCGAAGGAUAACAAGAUCAAGAAUGGAAGUGGAACCCCAACAACUGCUGCAAUCACAUCACCAACAGCUACGACAACAGAAUCUACAGGAGCAUCCAAGCCUGCAGAGGAGAAAGCUGCGUCAGUUGUCAGCACUACAACGAAAGAGGUGGAUGCGAAUAAAAAUGGGAGUAAGUUAAGGGUUCAGGUUCAUCUUAUUUCUACUGAUAGUUAGUACAUCCCGCCUCACUAAAAACAUCCUACUUCUUGGCCCUUUUAUUUGAAAAAGUAUAGAAGCCAGGCCCAGGAACAUCAAAGGCCGCCUGAGGAAAUCGAAAUCAAUUGUUCCGCUUCCGUAAGAACUUGCUCUAAAUAAGACACCCGAGGAGUCAACACCAGCAUCACCGGCACCAGAGCCCGGCUCAUCGUCUCCUGCUGCUCGAAGGUCAGACCCUGAUUCAACGAACAGCUCCAAGAAGAAGAAGAAAAAGAAGUAAUCUGUUGUUAGAAGAUGAAGACAAUCCGUUCCCACAAUAUAUACGGUUGAUGUUGAAAAUGUUUUCAUGCUGCUCUUGUUCAGCCAGCACGCUUCAGAUAUUAGCUGUCACAUCAAUGCUACUCGUGAUUCAAUCAUUUGAAUUAAAGAUCGAUCUACUAUUUUUCUCUUGUUGAUUCAAUGAAUGCUGCAUCUCAAUCAUCGAUCGACUGCUUACUUAGAUAGACGUAAAAAUACUGAUCAAGUAGAAAAGUGAAAGAUGUGAAGAUAGAAAUUUCAAGCGAUAACUGUCCUGUUCAUGCUCCUGGGACGAGGUGGGUCACUACAUUUUUAUAUUGGAGAUAUGGAGCUACAGCUAGUGCGACUAAAGGUGGGGAAACUGACACGAUGGUCGACUGGUGUGGAAUUAAGAAAAAUGUAUUUGUAUUCCCCUGUCUUUGAAGAUAAGUUUUGUUGAUGGUGGAAGUAGAUUUUUCUUUGCAACAUGAACAUACCACUAGAAAUGCCAUUUGAUAAGCUUCAUAGAAGUGACUUCAUUUCGGUACAGAAGAUGAAGAUGAACAACAAGUCCUCGUUUCGUCUACAUGUAGUCAUCUUUACACUUCUUCACCAGCAUUAAUGAAUGUCUAAUAUUAAUUUCUUUGUCGUCCCAUGUGAAUGUUCUACUUCUACUUCUAGCAGGUACAGGUUGUACGUAGUGCUAAUGUUGAGGCUACCGCUACAACUAGUGAAUCUCAGCGACCCAGCAAAUAAGUUCAUUCUGAAUGUCUUAAAUGCCUUAUGAAUAUUGAUACUUAUCAUGAACGCUUUCCACACCAGGAUAAUUCCUGGUGUGUACCGAAAAUAUUGAAUUCUUCCAGUAUCUACUCCGAAGAUGCCGAUUAUAUAUCUUCUAGAAGAUCUAUUUCAUACAACUACUCUGAUUCCAGACCUGAUUAUGUCGCCCCUACUAAAUUUAAGCAGGACUACGGAGCCGAUCACCGCACCAGAAAGACGAGACCAUCUUUGAUUGAUCUCAUAGAGAGAAAUGAUCAAUCUCGUAUACGAUAGAGUUCAUCACCAACAUCGACUCCCACCUCGUACUCCCACCUCGUCAUGCAACAACAACCAGAACAACAACACAAACGUAGGUUUCUUGAAAAAUGUAGUGCGUCUCUAGCUACUUUAUUGAUAAAAGAAAUGUAGUAGUAGUCUGACUGUGUCGUGUGAGGACAGUGUAGAUUCUUGUGUAUCUCGUCUCUGUAUGUAACCAAGUGGUAAUAUUUUUAUCCUCUUAUUGCUUGAGCAAGAGAAGAAUUGUUCCGAUCACCACGCGCAUUCACCUCAUAAUUCAUCAAUAUUGUCAUCUUCAUUGACAUUUUUCGCGAGAACAAUUAAUGUUAAAGCAAUAUGACGAUGACCACGUAUGACGACCUCCGAGAUGCAUUUGAAAUUUUUUACCUUGCAAACCCAAACUAGCAUUAUUAAUAUCGUAUGAUUGUAAAAAUAUCGCUGUCUACCCUGUAGCCUAAAUCUCCACAAGAAUUUCCGCCACUCUUCUCAUCGUUCACAACAAGUUAUUUUCUAUGAUAACAAGGACGAAAGAAGACGAUCUGGAUCUUCCAGAACCUCCUAGAAACAUACUGAUGGUGAGUGUUGUUCAGUUCCAGCUUCAUCUGGAAAAAAAGAUACGUUGGGUGUGAGUCCAGAU